AUGUCCUCCAUCGUCGUCCGUCCACGGCUCACGACGUUCUUGCGAGCGUCUCGAGCGUCUUCCGUGGAUGACAUCGUGGACGUGGAGGCGGAGCGUGCGCGACGAACGCGCGGAUUCGAGGGUGUGACGCGCGGCGGCGGCGAACGCGAGCGCGAGGGACCGUCCGCGCGAUUGGCGAGCGUCGUUUUCGGGAACGACGGAAGCGACCGCGAUAAGGAGGUUGCGAGCGCGUGUCGAGCGUUCAUGAGCGCUGUCCUGCGUGCGCUGGGCGGAGACACGAUGACGGAGGACGCGCUCGGCGAUGCCGUCGUGGCAGCUUGGGAAGUCUUGCGAGACAACGUGGAGACGCUCGGGCGAGAGCGACGAGAUCUUGAGGAACGACAGCCAUACGUCGAUGAUGCGGUGUUCGAGACGGAGCGGAAGCUCUUCGAAGUUCGCGAGCGCGAGUUGCGGAGAGAUUUUGGAGAGAAACUGCGAGGCGCGCUCGGACCAAUCGAGGCGAGCGCGGCGACGUUACGAGAGUUAGAGCAGCACGUUGAGACGCUCUUAAAGUUCAGGGCGGAACGGAUCACUGAUUUGGAUGAUUAUAUGAUCGCGUCGAGUGCAGCGCCAUCGACGUCGGGUCGAUCAUUUGGGCACAACAUAAAGCUCAAGUGCCGCGGAGAUGUGCAACCAAGUGAUCGAGUUCGCGAUUUGAAGCGUGCCAUGAAGGCCAAUCUGGACGAGCUCGACGAAGUGGCAAGGGCGCGAAUCAAGUCUGAGAAGAUUUCUCACCCGAAUGAACUGUUUGGCGAGCCGCAGCGCGAGGAGAGCGACGUGACGACGCAACUGACUUGGUUGAAGAGGCAAUGUGAAAAUUUCGUUGCAAACGGGGCACACGCUUUAGAUCAAAGUUGGGAAGCUGUCGCGAGCGCCGUGGGACGGUCUAUCAUGAACUCCACGAUUUCAGAUGAUGCAUGUGCCGCGGAGCUAUACGAAUAUCUGGGAGAUUACGGAUUUGAACUCAUCGCAGGGGUCGUUGAGCGACGCACUGAGCUAGCGAGCGCCAUUAAGAAGCGCGCCCAGAUGCUUCGUGAAACGUUGAGUGCGCAGAGCGGCGUCGACGGGCCAUCCGUCGCGCGCGUGGUCACGAUUAAUAGCACAUUGGAUAAACAGUUAGAAAAGAUGCGAAGAAAGGAAGAACGCAAGGCGAAUCGCAAACUUGCCUCUGGGGAGAAUGUCAUGGAAUGGUUACAGGCAGUCGGUGUUGGUUUCGACGCGCUGUGCGAAGGAGACUGGGAAAAUCAGCAGACGCCUUCGUCAAGUAGUCCUGACGACAUUCUCGCUAGUUUACGUGGUCUUGGAUCGGGUUUAGGUGGAGGACGUAAAGCGUUACCACCGGGAACGACGCGCAUGGUCCACGAACAAGGAUACGAAGAGAUCAGCGUUCCAGCGCGAGACCCAGGAGCGAUCGGCGAAGGGGAGCGAUCUGUAGCAAUUGAAGAGCUGGAUGAGUGGGCACAACCUGCGUUUAAAGGCAUACAACUGCUGAACAGAAUCCAGAGUAGGAUUUUCCCCACGGCAUAUCACACGAAUGAAAAUUUACUUGUGUGCGCGCCCACAGGUGCGGGUAAGACAAACAUCGCCAUGCUCAGCAUUUUGCACGAAAUAGGUCUUCAUAUUGAUGAGAACGGUGAUUACCUUCCGGAGGAUUUCAAAAUCGUGUAUGUGGCACCGAUGAAAGCCCUUGCAGCCGAAGUCACGGAAACUUUCGGCAGGCGCCUUGCUCCCUUGGACAUCGUCGUCGCCGAGCUCACUGGAGAUACUCAGAUGAGUAAGCGCGAGCUUGAGACGACACAAAUGAUCGUGACGACGCCAGAAAAAUGGGAUGUGAUUACAAGAAAAGGAGGAGAGGUUUCUGUGGCGAGCACCUUACGACUUCUCAUCAUUGACGAGGUACACUUACUAAAUGAUGAGCGGGGCCCAGUCAUUGAGACGCUCGUCGCGCGAACGCUUCGCCAGGUUGAGCAAACUCAGAGCAUGAUACGAAUCGUCGGGUUAUCGGCAACGCUACCGAAUCCGCUGGAUGUCGCGCGCUUUUUAGGCGUGAACAAUGACGCCGGUUUGUUCGUUUUCGACCAGUCAUACAGACCAAUCCCGUUGACACAAAAAUUCAUUGGCGUCACAGAGAAGAAUGCGAUGAAGCGCCAAACCUUGAUGACACAGAUUGCAUACAACAAAGCAUGCGAGGCGCUGAAGAAUGGCAAGCAAGCCAUGGUUUUCGUCCAUAGUCGGAAAGACACCGUUAAAACCGCUAGGCAACUUGCUGAGUUCGCUGCCGCACAGGGUGGCCUGGAACUCUUCUCAAACGAGCAGAAUGAACGCAAGGCUGAGUUUGCUAUGCAAGUUUCUCGCAGUCGGAACAAUGAGGUGAAGGAAUUAUUUCUCAAAGGUCUUGGUUGUCACAACGCAGGCAUGCUGCGGGCGGAUCGUACGUUGACUGAAAAACUUUUUGCUGCUGGCCUCAUCAAGGUUCUCGUGUGUACGGCAACGCUUGCGUGGGGUGUAAACUUGCCAGCGCACAUGGUCGUUAUCAAGGGCACGCAAUUAUACGACCCACAGCGCGGUGGGUUCCGAAACUUGGGCGUUUUAGACGUGCAGCAAAUUUUUGGUCGCGCGGGUCGACCUGGUUUUGACACCUCAGGAGAAGGCGUAAUCGUCACCGAGCACAAGAACCUGGCCCAUUACAUAGCCAUGCUGACUCAUUCUACCCCGAUCGAAUCGCAAUUCAUCAGUAAUUUAGCGGACAACUUAAAUGCUGAGGUGACUCUCGGCACUGUCACAAACGUACGCGAGGGAGCUCAGUGGCUGGGAUACUCAUAUCUGCACACUCGCAUGGAGAAGAACCCACUGGCUUACGGAUUGACCUGGGAUGACGUCCGACUCGACCCAGGAUUAUUAGAUCAUCGGCGUAAGCUCAUCAAAGAGGCUGCGAGGACUCUAGAUCGAGCGAAGAUGAUCCGAUUCGAUGAGCGAAGCGGACAGUUGUACCAGACUGAAGGCGGUCGCACGGCGAGCCAUUUUUACAUAAGAGUGAGCUCUAUGGAAGUGUUCGACAGUCUAAUGCACAGACACAUGACUUUACCAGAAGUUUUGCAUAUGAUUUCACAUUCGAGCGAGUUUGAGAAUAUCGUACCACGAGAGGAUGAAAUUCCAGAAUUGGAGACGUUACGUCGUGAUCGACGCAUCAUCCCAGUCGAGAUCAAAGCCUCGCUCACGGAUCGAGUCGGCAAGGUGAAUCUGCUGUUACAAGUGUACAUAUCACGUGCAAAUAUGCAGUCUUUUUCGCUCAUUGCAGACAGCAUGUACAUUUCGCAAAAUGCGAGCAGGAUAUGUCGAGCACUGUUUGAGCUGUGUUUGAGGCGCGGGUGGCCGUCGCUCGCAGAGCAACUACUUACCGUCAGCAAAGCGUGUGAUUUACGCAUAUGGCCACACCAACACGAGCUUCGACAGUUCGAAAAGACCCUCAAGCCUGAAGUUUUGUAUAAGUUGGAAGAGAAAAAGGCGACGCUUGAUCGUUUGUGGGAUAUGAGUGGUGGUGAAAUUGGCAGCAUGCUGCGGCUUAACGCGCAGAUUGGUGGACAAAUUAAAUCAUGCAUGCGCGCGAUGCCGCAUUUGAACAUGACUGCGACCGUUCAACCCAUCACAAGAACCGUUUUGCGCGUAUCUGUCACCCUGAUCCCUGAAUUUGAGUGGCGCGAUCAGCUGCACGGUGCGCUUCAGAGGUGGCUCAUUUGGGUGGAAGACCCCGUCAAUGAGCACAUUUACCACUCUGAAACCUUCAACUUGAGUAAGAAGCAGUGCAGAGAUGGGGCGCAAUACUUGGCGUUCACGAUUCCCAUUUUUGAACCGGUGCCCCCGCAGUACUUCUUACGUGCAAUAUCGGAAAAUUGGCUCGGAUGUGAGUCAUUCGUUGAGCUCAAUUUUCAGCAUCUCAUCUUGCCUGAGGAACAUCCGCCGCACACAGAGCUGCUCGAUCUUGAUCCACUUCCGAGAUCUGCGUUGAAAAAUCCGGUGUUUGAGUCAAUGUACGAGAAGAAAUUUACCCACUUCAACGCCAUCCAAACACAGGCAUUCCACACUCUGUAUCACACGGACACGAACGUCCUUCUUGGAGCUCCAACGGGUUCUGGUAAGACAAUCUCUGCAGAGUUGGCGAUGAUGAAAGUCUUCCGAGAUUAUGCUGGUUCGAAGGUUGUGUACAUCGCGCCACUCAAGGCACUUGUGCGCGAGCGAAUCAAAGAUUGGCGAAAGAAUCUUUGUCCCACUCUCGGGUUGCGCAUGGUCGAGUUGACUGGAGAUUACACUCCGGAUCUUCGUGCGCUACUCCAGGCGGACAUAAUUGUCAGUACCCCUGAAAAGUGGGACGGCAUCAGUAGGAACUGGCAGAGCCGCGCAUACGUGAAAAAGGUCGCCUUGGUCGUCAUAGAUGAGAUUCACUUAUUGGCGAGCGAUAGAGGCCCCAUUUUAGAGGUGAUUGUUUCAAGGAUGCGAUACAUCUCCGCGCGCACGGGCUCGAAUGUUCGAAUCAUCGGCUUAUCCACAGCGCUGGCGAAUGCGCGUGAUCUUGGCGACUGGUUAGGCAUCGAGGAGGAGGGCUUGUUCAACUUCCGACCGUCGGUCCGUCCUGUGCCGCUAGAAUGUCAUAUCCAAGGUUUCCCAGGCAAAUUUUACUGCCCUCGGAUGAUGUCUAUGAACAAGCCGACGUACGCGGCGAUUCGCACCCACAGUCCAACGAAGCCAGCGCUCGUUUUCGUAUCAAGUCGACGUCAGACACGUCUCACGGCGCUCGAUUUAAUCGCGUAUGCUGCGGCGGACGAACGUCCCGAUGGAUUUGUCCACAUGAGUAACGAAGAGUUGAGCAUCCACUUAAGUAAAGUGAAAGAUCCUGCUCUCAAGCACACACUGCAAUUUGGUAUCGGUUUGCACCACGCAGGCCUGACCCCGGAGGAUCGAGAGUUAUGUGAAGAGCUCUUCGCACAGUGCAAGAUACAGGUGCUAGUGACGACAUCAACGCUGGCGUGGGGUGUAAACUUGCCUGCGCACUUGGUUGUGAUCAAAGGCACGGAAUACUUUGAUGGCAAGACGAAACGUUAUCAAGAUUUCCCGAUAACCGACGUACUGCAGAUGAUGGGUCGAGCUGGAAGACCACAGUUUGAUAAAUCAGGCUGUUGCGUCAUCUUGGUGCACGAACCGAAGAAGACGUUUUACAAGAAGUUUCUCUACGAGCCGUUUCCCGUAGAAUCAAGCCUUGCUGAGAAUCUAUGCGAUCAUUUCAACGCAGAAAUUGUCAGCGGAACGAUCAAGACAAAACAAGACGCGGUGGAUUAUUUAACUUGGACGUACUUUUUCCGGCGCUUGUUGAAAAAUCCGACGUACUACAACUUAGACACGAUUGAGGCGGACAAAAUGAACGAGUACAUGAGCGACUUAGUUGAAGGUGCGCUUGAGUUAUUAGAGGACGCUCGAUGUAUCGCGAUCGACGACGACGAUGAUAGUUUGGAGCCUCUUAUGCUCGGACGAGUGGCGUCUUAUUACUACCUGCAGUAUCCCUCAGUGGCACUCUUCGCCUCGAACAUUAAGGCAAAUAGCUCACUCGAGGACUUGCUUGAAACAUUGUGCGGCGUUGCGGAGUACGAUGAAUUGCCAGUGCGUCACAAUGAGGAUAGACACAAUACCGAGUUGGCGCAGGUCGUCGCCGAUGCGGGUGGCUUCCAAGUUGAUGUGCGUCUCGCUGAGGACCCGCACGUGAAGACGUCACUGCUGUUCCAGUGUCACUUCCUGCGCCUGCCGCUGCCGGUGAGCGACUACUACACCGACACAAAGAGCGUGCUUGAUCAGGCCAUUCGUAUCCUACAAGCCAUGAUCGACGUCACCUCCGACGCUGGAUGGUUAAGAACGGCCAUGAAUACCAUGAAUUUGAUGCAGAUGAUCAUGCAAGGCCGCAUGAUAAGCGAGUCAUCUCUCUUGAUGCUUCCGCACAUCCAGCCCGACCAUUUAAAAGGCCUCGAGCGUUGUGGUGUGUCUGGACUAUCUCAGCUCAUCGAUUUGAGCACCAAAAACAUUCAAAAGGCUCGAAAAGUACUCUCAGACUGCGGCAUCACUGGUAGAAAAAUGGAGAAAAUUGUUGACUUAUGCGUGAGACUUCCAGUCUUGCACGUUGAAGCAUCGAUUGAAACCGUCAAGGGAGGUGGUGAUACGACUGUUCACGUGCAGAUUCGAAGAAUCGGUAAGAAAUGCGGAUCGAAGGCUCCAACUUCUUAUACACCACGCUUCCCUAAAAUCAAAGAGGAAGGUUGGUGGGUUAUCGUGGGAGACACUGCGAAUAAUGAACUCUUAGCGUUGCGACGCAUUUCGUUUGGAGAUCGAGCGGAUGUGAAGCUGAAAUGUCCUCCCAGCGCAUCACCACGUCCUCGACGUCAAACGUUGGCGGUGUACGUCGUUUCUGAUUCGUACAUUGGCCUCGAUCAGGAAAUUCUUAUCAAUGCGGAUGAUUUCGUCGAAGUGUCCGACGAUGAGGUCGAUGACAACGCGGACACGUUUUGGCUUUUGCCGCCGACGCAGACUGAGCCAUUCUGGCUGGGAGAGGCGGAUGAAAACUCUUUACUGACCUAG